CCCGCAGAUCUUUCUCUGUUGUACGGUCUCUGUGCCCCAGCCGCGCCGGGAGCGGCCUGGGGCUCCUCCGCACCUGGCCCGGCCACAGCCUCCCCUCCAGCCGGACGCGGCAAGGGCCAUGAACGCGUCCUACUAUCGCUGCCACGCAUCCUCCUGGGUGGAAAAGGGCUCCUCGGCGACGAUGGGCGGAGUGCUCUUCAGCGCCGGGCUGCUGGGCAACCUGCUGGCGUUGGUGCUGCUGGCGCGCUCCGGCCUGGGGUCCUCCCGGCAUCGGCCGCUGCGCCCGCCACCCACGGUCUUCUACGUGCUAGUGUGUGGCUUGACCGUGACCGACUUGCUAGGCAAGUGUCUGGUCAGCCCGGUGGUCCUGGCUGCCUACGCGCAAAAUCAGAGCCUGCAGGAACUGCUGCCUGCCGCAGGCAAUGGGCUAUGUCAAGCCUUCGCCUUCAUCAUGUCUUUCUUUGGGCUAGCCUCGACGUUACAGCUGCUGGCUAUGGCGCUGGAGUGCUGGCUGUCUCUGGGACACCCCUUCUUCUACCAACGGCACAUCACCCUGCGCCGGGGAGUGCUGGUGGCGCCGGUCGUGGGAGCCUUCUGCUUGGCUUUCUGCGCGCUCCCCUUCGCCGGCUUUGGGAAGUUCGUGCAGUACUGCCCCGGCACCUGGUGCUUCAUCCAGAUGGUCCAUGAGAAGCGCUCGCUGUCGGUUCUCGGCUUCUCUGUGCUCUACUCCAGCCUCAUGGCGCUGCUGGUCCUCGCUACCGUGCUGUGCAACCUGGGCGCCAUGCACAACCUCUACGCCAUGCACCGGCGCCUCAGGCGCCACUCACGCAGCUGCCCCAGGGACCGCGCCCAGCCAGGCUCCGGUCACGGGCACGAGUCCCUACAUCCCCUGGAGGAGCUGGACCACCUCGUGCUGCUGGCUCUCAUGACGGUGCUCUUCACUAUGUGUUCCUUGCCUUUAAUUUAUCGUGCUUAUUAUGGAGCCUUUAAACUUGUCAACACAACUGAAGGAGACUCGGAAGAUCUCCAGGCCUUGCGUUUUCUGUCUGUGAUUUCAAUCGUGGACCCCUGGAUUUUCAUCAUUUUCAGGACUUCAGUAUUCCGGAUGUUAUUUCACAAGAUUUUCAUAAGACCUCUGAUCUACAGAAGCUGGCAUAGCCACUCCUACCAAUCUAAGACAGAAUCCACAUUGUGACGGCUUUGCAUGCUCUGGUAAGCUGAAAAUAUACCACACAGACAAAACAUGAUUGGAAAAAAAAUCCUACAAUUCAAAUCCUUACAAAUGAUCUCCCAUGGGGAGCUGGAGAGAUGACUCCACAUUUACGCAUGUGCUUCUCUUCCAGAGGACUUGGGUUUGUUUCCC